GCCGCGCCAGGGGCUGCCCGCCAAGCUGCCGCCCGGCGCCGGCAGCCGCGGCCAGCGGCCGAACGCGCACGCGCCAGCGCGCGGACCAGGGCCUCCCCCAGAGAGGCGCGCGCCGCCGAAGGCCGCCGCGCGGGCGGUGGCGGCCGCGGCGGCCGCCCCGGCGGUCGCGGCGAGGGCGAGCAACGCCGGGGGGCGCGGGCCUCGCGCGGUGCGUGCCGCACGGCAGCCGGGAGCGGGAGAGCCGCAGCGGCCCAGGCUGCGCGGCCCCGCGCGGGCACCGCUGAUGGUGGCGCCCCGCCCAGACCGCGCCGCGGCCCGUGCGGCCUGCGACAUCGCCGCCCGCUGCCCUCCUUUGAGACGGGAGGGCGCU